GGACAAAUCAUGCGCUGAAUCAGACCACAGGAGAUGUGGACUGGGGCUCCUGCCCCCACAGCUGUAUUUUGUGAAUCGCCAGGGUGGCCUAUAGUCGAUUGAAUGGUGAUGACAUCUGGGUGAGGAGGAAGUCAAGGAGACUCCCGAUGAUCCCCGGGGGCAUUUAUAGCUCCAAGUCGGAAGCCCUGCCGGUGGAAGAUGACAGCCCCAAAGCCUUGCAUGUGUUAGGGGAGCUAUCAAACUCGGAUAAUGACAUAAACAAGUCGGUGUUCAUCUGGGGAAUCUCAGACAAAGCAGCCCAGAGGAAAACCAUCUCUGUCGAUGAAGGUUUGUUUCACUUGCAACAGAAAAAGCAGCAGCAGCAGCAGCAGCCGCCGCCGCCGCGACUAGAGCCCCUGCACAGACUGGGGAGAGGUAGACGGAGGCUGAAGCUGCCACAUAAGCUGCCCUUUAAAGACAGGCAUUUUACUUGCAGCAAAAUAAUAGGAAGGAGGUUCGCUUGCUUUGCGCAGAGGCUGAGCCACAGGAGAAAGCAAAGCCAAUGUGAUUUAUUGAAUGAAAGCGCUGGACAAUUACCAACAACUUGUUCCUCUGCUGCCUCGAACAACCUAAACUGGAACUGCCGUGUGAAAAUGACUCAACAAAUGCAGAACCUACAUCUUUCUCAGUCAAAGAAACAUAGUGCCCCAUCGUCUCCCAAUGCCGCCAAACGCCUGUACAGAAACCUCUCUGAGAAACUGAAGGGGAGCCAUUCUUCUUUUGACGAGGCCUAUUUUCGAACAAGAACAGAUCGGCUGAGCCUCAGAAAGACCUCAGUGAACUUCCAGGGCAAUGAAGCUAUGUUCGAAGCAGUCGAACAACAGGACAUAGAUGCUGUGCAGAUGCUCCUGUAUCAGUACACACCAGAGGAACUAGAUCUCAACACACCUAACAGUGAGGGGCUGACGCCUCUGGAUAUCGCCAUCAUGACCAACAACGUGCCCAUCGCCAGAAUUCUUCUGAGGACAGGGGCCCGAGAAAGUCCACACUUUGUCAGCCUGGAAAGCCGAGCACUGCACCUCACCACACUGGUGCAGGAAGCCCAGCAGAGGGUGAGUGAACUGUCUGCCCAGGUGGAGAACGAAGGACCAAGUCUGGACAGCACAGAGAAGGAAAAACAGCUGAGAGCUUGGGAGUGGCGGUGUCGACUGUACAGACGCAUGAGGACUGGUUUCGAGCACGCCAGAGCCCCUGAGGUGCCAACCAACGCCUGUCUCAUGGUAACCAGCAGCACGGCACUCACUGUCAGCUUUCAAGAGCCUCUUAGUGUCAACGCAGCUGUAGUAACCAGAUAUAAAGUGGAAUGGAGCAUGUCUAAAGACUUUUGUCCUUUGGCUGGAGAAAUCAUCAUGGAAAACUUGCAGACCCUGAGAUUCACGAUCACAGGACUUAUGACGGGCCAAAAGUAUUUUGUUCAAGUCUCGGCUUAUAACAUGAAAGGAUGGGGACCUGCUCAGAUCACGGUACCGGCAUGUGCCUCGCCUUCUAACUGGAAAGACUAUGACGACAGAGAGCCCAGACACAGGGGACAGAGCGAAGUUUUGGAAGGUCUGCUGCAACAGGUCCGAGCCCUUCAUCAGCAUUACAAUUGCCGAGAAACUUCAAAAUUACAAACCACAGGCCGCAAGCAGUCAGUCUCAAGGAGCCUGAAACACCUAUUCCAUUCCUCAAAUAAGUUUGUGAAAACCUUAAAACGGGGACUCUACUUAGCCGUUAUAUUUUAUUACAAAGACAAUAUGUUAGUCACCAAUGAAGAUCAAAUACCAAUUGUUGAAAUUGAUGAUUCUCAUACCAGUUCCAUUACACAAGACUUUCUGUGGUUCACAAAGCUGUCCUGUAUGUGGGAAGAUAUAAGGUGGUUGAGACAAAGCGUACCUAUCUCCAUGUCCUCAUCCACGGUGCUGCAAACUCGGCAGAAGAUGCUCGCAGCAACGGCCCAGCUACAGAACUUACUUGGAACACACAACUUGGGAAGAGUUUACUAUGAGCCCAUUAAAGACCGGCACGGAAACAUCCUCAUAGUCACCAUCAGAGAAGUGGAGAUGCUUUAUUCAUUUUUUAAUGGUAAAUGGAUGCAGAUCUCAAAGCUCCAAAGCCAGAGGAAGUCUUUGUCAACACCCGAGGAGCCAACAGCCUUAGACAUUUUACUGAUCACCAUCCAGGAUAUUCUCUCUUAUCACAAAAGGAGUCAUCAGCGUCUCUCUCCUGGAUUAUAUCUGGGUUACCUAAAGCUAUGUAGCUCUGUGGAUCAGAUCAAAGUUCUGGUUACCCAAAAGUUGCCCAACAUUCUCUGCCACGUAAAGAUCCGUGAAAACAAUAACAUUUCCAAAGAGGAGUGGGAAUGGGUCCAAAAGCUUUCUGGCUCUGAAUCUAUGGAAAGUGUGGAUCAUACUUCUGACUGCCCCAUGCAAUUGUUCUUCUACGAGCUCCAGAUGGCAGUGAAAGCCCUCCUUAAGCAGAUCAAUACACCUUUACACCAGGCAAGGAACUUCCGCCUCUACACACAGGAGGUGUUGGAAAUGGGUCACAAUGUGUCCUUUCUUCUCCUGCUCCCUGCCUCAGACGACGUCUGUACAGCCCCAGGACAGAAUAAUCCUUACACCCCACACUCAGGGUUUCUUAACCUCCCUCUUCAGAUGUUUGAACUUGUUCAUUUUUGCAGCUACAGGGAGAAAUUUAUUAGUCUGUAUUGCCGCCUUUCUGCUGUGGUGGAGCUGGAUUCUCUGAAUACCCAACAGUCCCUGAGGGAAGCGAUCUCAGACAGCGAGGUUGCAGCUGCCAAACAAAGACACCAGCAAGUUUUAGAUUUCAUGCAGCAAAUAGAUGAAGUUUGGCGUGAAAUGAGAUGGAUCAUGGAUGCUCUACAGUAUGCAAGAUACAAACAACCAGUCUGUGGCUUGCCCAUCACAAAACUGCUAGACCCUUCAGAGGAGCAGAACCUCAAGAAGAUAAACUCUACAUCAUCACAUAUAGACUGUCUUCCAUCCCCAUCCCCAUCCCCAGAGAUGCACAGAAGAAAGGCAGUGACCGGCUUUGCAGAUUCACAGCCCUGUUCUGAUGAAGAAGGCUGCUCAGAAGUCUUCCUCCCCACCGACAGCGACUACGACUCCAGUGAUGCUCUGAGCCCCCGAGACCUGGACCUGGUGUACCUGUCAUCACACGACAUCGCCCAGCAAGCGCUAAGCGGCCUAAGUGGCAGCGCCCCCGACGUCCUGCAGGUGCAUGACAUGAAGAGUCCUCUGGGGCCGGGUCAGGACCCCCAGGGCCGGGUCCUGGGGCCAGACCCUGACCACUCGUGCGCCGAGGUCCUCCACAGCCUGACGCUGACGUGCUUGGCGUCCAAGAACCACGCCAAGAUGGCGCCAGGCUCGCGGCCGGCGCUGGGCUUCCUGGGAAAGCGGAAGCCGGCCAAGCACCAGCACUACGGCGGCUUCAGCCGCCAUCAGCGCUGGCUGCGCAUGCACAGCGAGACGCAGUCGCUAUCCCUGUCCGAGGGCGUUUACACGCAGCACCCGUCCCGGGCCUGCAGCCUGGCCCACGAUCCUGCAGAGGCCGAGCGGCUGCGACCAGCCCCCGAUGGGCCCCGGAGCCUGAUUCUAGCUCACACCACGAGCCUCCCUGAAGAGGGGAAGAGCAGCCUCCAGGACCCGAGGCCCGCCGUACGCCGCAUUUACGUGGAGCCCUACUCUGCGGCGAUGGUGGACUCAAAGCCCUGGGCUGCCUUGAGCCCACCCCCAGGAAGCCACUCUGGCCUGCCCAGCCCCACGGGUCCGGAGAUAAGCCCUGAGGGCCCGACCACAUCCCAAGUGUCAGAAAUACUAAGCAGCACGCUUUAGGGAGGGUCCCCUUCCACCGCAUUUUCCAUCACCCUCCCUCCAUCCCGCUCCCACUGUGUCUCCAUCCCUUUUCAAAUGGUUUGAAUGUUAAAACUCCAAAAGUUACAGGUUCAAGGCCCUGUUUUUUAGGAAAGAGUUGGGUGGAGGUGAGAGUUGCCAGUGUUGUUCCCAGUUCAGGGUAUAGAAGAGCUUUUGUGUCAACAUGGAGCCCUAGACACAAGGGUUCAAACAUGCCAACUGGUUGGGAGGCACUCUUGUUGGAGGCAGGGCUACUUAAAAAACCACCCUCAGUUCUACAGCUGGCUCUGUAAUCUGACCUUUGGGUUUAGGUAUCUUUCAUGAAUUUGUGAUUGGUGGGGAGGAGUUCUAGAGAUCAAAGUAAGAUUAGCAUUAUUUUUCCUUCCGGUGCGAACCUUCAGAAGAGUGUAAGGGAAAGGAGCCCAGGUCUUCAGGGCACAAGGUCAGGUGGACUUGUUGUAGGUUCCCAGUUAGCUAAACCAAGUCAUUCCAAAGUGCGGGGUUCUCAGCUGGUCACCAAAUCAAAUUUAUCCAUCAGAAACUAAUAUAUGAUUAAGUAGGCAGUCGUUUUCUUCAUUUGGUGUUGUGUGGAAGCCACUAGAUGCAAAAGUAGAGGAUGCUUUGCUUCUAGCUUUGUCUUGCAAAGGUAAAAUACGGCACAAAGCAGCCCUUCCUACACACUCAUCUCCCACUGAAGCAUGGAUAUGGGCCUUAAUAUUACUCAGGUGUAGGGACAUAGCUAAAUUAAGUGAAAACCUAGGUUAAAAACAAGACAAGGAGGAGUAAGAGAGAGAUGAGCUUUUCCUCUACAAUCCUAAAAUAAGUAAGUCCAUGAGUCUUUGUCUCUGAAAAUGAUAGUGGGUCUGCUCAGAUUCUUAGGUGUUGGAAGGUCAUUGAAUGAGAAAGUUCCCUUCAGAUACGGCACAGCAUUUGAUGGAGUCCUUACAGCUACGCUGGUACAUCUGUGCACCCCUACAUCAGUGGUUCCAAGGCUAUACUUUGAAACACCUGAAAUUCGUGCUUUGGUCUCAAUGCCUCUCACCUGCCUUUCUCACAAAUGAGAAACCCAAAUCAAAGAGAAAUCACACUGCAUAUUCAAAAAAGGCCUGAACCUUCUCUUAUUUCCUGGAGCCAAGACUCAUUCAGUUUACUGAUAUUCUAAAUGGUCCUUUUCUGCUUCAUAGGCAUUUGGGUUAAAUAUUGCUCUUUAUGGGCCCUACCCCUGUCCUCACAGUUCUACCAUUCCUCCUCAUGGGAGUUCAUACAAAGUCCCCUGUUCACAAUGUUAUUCCGAUCCCUUCCAUUUUUAAAACAUUUGAUUUAAACAUAAAUAAUUACCCUGGCGGAAAGGUACAGAUUUGGCCCAUGGCCUAUGGUCAUUAGAAAACUAAGGCCCAGAGCUCAAUCUUUAUUUUUUUAAGAGAUUUUAUACUC